GUCUCGCCGUGCUCAACACUGUCACAUUCACUACAGUCACUCAGUGUGUGGCUAGACGAGUGCCUGGGAGGGUGUCAGUGGUCCUGCUCUUUCAUCGUCUUCGAAAACACACUCAAAGGAAAGUGUAGAAGGAAAAAUUGAUCCGACAUGCAAAUCACAAAGGUUCACGUGGCGGCGACUGCAGCGGUCGUAGUCUUGGUAGUCAUCAUUGUCCUCGCUACAACAUUAUCAAGCUCAGGGUCGUCCCCCGCCACACUCACCCUGCCUGACCGUCUGGACGCCUCACGCUGCCCGGCACAAUACGGCUCACCGCGGCCUGUCCUAGUGGUCUCCUUGGAUGGCUUCCGGGCCGACUACCUGCACCGCGGACAUACCCCGACCCUGGAACGCCUGUCCAAACUAGGAGUGUACGCCCCUUACCUCCUGCCAGUAUUUCCCACCAAGACCUUCACCAACCACUACUCCAUCGUGACGGGCCUGUACCCAGAGAGCCACGGCAUUGUAGACAACGUGUUUUAUGACCCCGUCUUCAAGGCUCUCUUUACCCUCAAAAGCCCUGCAGUCCGCAAUGGCUCCUGGUGGUUCGGGGAGCCCAUUUGGAACACCGUGGGGCGGCAGGGUAAGAAGAGUGCCACGUUCUUCUGGCCAGGAUCUGAGGCAGACAUCGAGGGGCGCCGUCCUGACUACUGGAAGCACUACGAUAACUCCAUUUCUUAUGAGAAGAGGGUCAGCAAGGUGCUGGAAUGGCUGUCUCUCCCGCCGGAGGAGAGGCCGAGCUGGGUGUCUCUGUACUUCGAGGAGCCGGACAGCCAGGGUCACCGUACGGGCCCUCAAUCCCCGGAUAUUGAUAAGAAGCUGAAGACGAUGGAUGAGACGGUGAAGGGGUUAAUGAGAGGGUUGGCAGAACGAGAACUUCUGCAAUGUGUCAAUAUCCUGUUUCUGUCUGACCACGGCAUGGCUCAGAGAAGGACAGACCCCGAAAUAGACUUGGCAGUGUCGGUCCCGAAUAUAAGCCAGAUAGCUGACGUGAUCUACGGGGCGUCGGCAAUGAUCAUGCUAAAGAACCCGAGCCAUGAAGCUGAAGUGAACCUGAUGAGGCGCUUGUCCAACGACUUUCCGGGUAAGCUUCGGGCGUUCCUCAAGACUGACCUGCCCAAGCGACUCCAUUAUGUCAACGACCGCCGCAUCUUCCCCAUCGUGCUCGACCAGCAGCCCGGCUACAGCGUGAAGGACGUGCGCCCCGACACCAAGAAAAGAAAGCCGCCUUUGGGAUCGCACGGCUACGAUUAUAUCCAUCCCAACAUGGAUGCCCUCUUCAUUGGGUAUGGGGCGGACCUUGUGCAGGCCAAGACAGUGGAAGCAUUUCAGAAUAUUGAACUCUAUAACCUGAUGUGUCUCCUUGCCAAUGUAAAGCCGGCGCCAAACAACGGUACCUGGGGCGCCCUCCAUCACCUCCUCGCUGCCCCUCCUUCACUCCUUCCCUCCACGAAGCUGGUCGACCCGGUCCCCGCCGAGUAUCCUGACAACGCAAGCAACACUUUCCAGCUCGCCGAGGGGUGUGAGGCUAAGUCGAGGUGGAGAGGCGGGACAUACAAACAAACAACAGUUGACGACAUAUCUGAACAUCUUCCUUGGGGACCUCCCACCACCUCAACCACACUGUCGGCGCCUCUACUCCUCCGCCAUGCCACCCACGUAACAGGUUAUUCCGCUGAGAAGAAAACACCGCUGUGGACUAGUUUCUCCCUCCACAAAGACGAUGUCCUGCACACCGCACCUUCAAAGAGGCCUUGGUUAGCGGAUCCUCGCCUUCUUCCUGCUCAAAUGGCCACCUGCACGGAGUAUGAAACUUAUGCCAAUAUUACCAUGACGCCUCUCUUCCCGCCCGGAUUUGUGAGUGUAUCCGAGGAGGUUUACUUUAUCAGCAACGCUGUGGGCAUCACCAACCAUGGGCAAGGCACCGGAGUGGCACAGCGGUGGCGGCACCUCCUUGAGGUACUGGUCCCUGGCUGGCAGAGGCUGCACGGGCCGCUCAGUGUGGUACUGGGACCGGUGUUUGAUGACAACAAUGACGGGGUUCUGGAUCCCUCCACUGCGACAGGACAUGUGCAGGUGCCUAGUGAUCUAUUCGCAGUGGUGACGCGUUGUAUGGACAAAGUGCCCUUCCUCAAAAGCUGUGAUCCUACCCGCCUUGACGUCCUCGCCUUUGUAUACCCCCAGACACAGUAUUCUUGGACACCCGCUAGUGGGAACGACACGACCUACGCCAGCCUGUACACUGCCAGGGUGAGAGACGUAGAAUUGCUCACCGGACUCCUUUUCUUCCCCGAUUUGACCACCGACACUCGCCUUGCCCUUGUCCUUCGCAUCCACCGUUCCCUGUGGCCCCUCCCAUAAUAAUUGUCUUCCUCAGCGUCUUAUCUAAAUAAAUGUUUACAGUCUCUACGGGGUAUGUUGUACUGAGAGAGAGAGAGAGAGAGAGAGAGAGAGAGAUGCUAAUUGUGAAGCCUAUAAUUUUUAUUGAUAUAUUUCCCUAAUAUUUCAAUAAAAGUCUAAAGGAAGUACAGAAGCAGGCAGAGAGUUCAUGAGUGUACCAGAGAAAGCGAUAAAAGAUUAUGAAUAUU